AUGUCAACAAAUAAUAAUUUGAUUCGCAAUUACUUUCUUGAAACUAAUGAUUCUGAAUGGAAUUUAUAUGACUAUGUAAAAUUUAGGUACAAAUAUAAUUCCUCAAAAUUUACAGACAAAAAACAAGAACAUUGUUUUUUUUAUAAUAAAUUAAAAGAAAAAUGUUCUGACGUAAGAAACUGGGAAAAUAAUGACAAAGUAGAAGGGUGGUGGGCGGGAAUAGAAUAUAGAAGUACUAAUUUCUCAAAUGGAUUUUGGGAUGGACUAAUGAUGAAAGCAGAAACCACCACCAAUAUUUCUACAUUGAAUUGUUAUAUUGAUGAUCUUGAAAAUUAUUUGUCAAACUUAAAUGGAAGAAAGCAAAUUUUAUCAGUUGACAUAGAUUUCAAUAGGCUUAAAUGGCAUUCAGCUAAUAAAGAAAAAUGUUAUAGUGAUUUGUUGGACACUUUGAGAAAUCACCCUUGGAAUCACCCUUUGGGGAAUUCCAUUGUAGAAGCAAAACAUAAACAUAUAGACAAAAAUUUUAUAAAUGUCGAAGACUGGGCCAUCUUUUUCCCACUUCAUAGUAUUUCAAAAUAUAUGAUUCCUGUUGAACAUUAUGAGGGUGAAGUUACUGUGUUAGGAUCUGCCAAACGAAAAAAAGAUGGAUACUCUAAAAAUGAUCCCAACUCCACAAGAUCUAAUAAAGGGAGACGUUCAGAUGUUUUAGUGAGCAGUGGUGAUGAUUUAUUAAAUUAUUAUGAUAUAUUUGUUUGUGAGGUUGUAGGUGUUCCUGAAUACAUUGAUAAUGUCAAAUAUAAGAAGGACAAAAUUAAAGGGAAAAGAUUGUCUGUUGACAUGCUAAAUUUCAUAAUCAAUAUAUUUAUUGAUGAAUAUUACAAUGUCCUGACAUUUGAUGAUGUUGAAUUUUUAAUGAUGAACUUACAAAAAGAAUGGAGGUUAUAUGUUGUUGACCAUCCAUACUCUGGGGUAUAUAGGUGUAGACGUGUAAAGAAAUUAGAAUCUCCAACAAUACCAAUCUUCAAUAGAACAUCAUCUGGAGAUAAUGAUGUGAAGUUACUUGAUCUAUUUAAGCUUUUAUGUAGCUUUUUUGUAAAAGCUGCCAAAUUUUUGAAAAGCUCACUCAGGAUAAUACAACCAACACCUCCUGAUACUCCAGUCUAA